AUGGCUUUCCUCGGUUUCCGCGCGUACCCUACCCCCAUCCUGAAGCCCCUGUGGCCCUUCUUUGCCUCGUCGGCCAUUGUCUACUUCGUGGUCGCCAAGCUCCAGUACUCGGGCGUCCGCUCGCCGGAGUACGCCAAGGACCCGAAGAACCCCUACGGUGCGUAG